CUGUAGGAAAUGAUUUAAUUCAGGGCUGAAGUGCCACAUAAUUGUUGAUGUUGUAGUCAAGAAGACGUUAUGCGUAAGGUAGUUGUUGUGGUCUCACCUAGCUUGCCUAAAAGUGUGCCUAGGUGUUGGAGGAGAAAUAACUAUUUGUACUAAAUGAUGAAUGAAAUAACAAUUUUAACACUUUCACACUUGAGUACAAAAGACUAAUAACAUAGUUAAAUCAUAGCUCACUCGCUCACAAAAGUUCUCGAACUAUUGAUAUAGAUAUUAGUUUGUAGAUAUUGCUAAUUUCACUUUGGUUAUGUCUAGCUCCAUCUAAUUAUUCCUAGGAGACACCUAGAUGUUGCCUUAGGCAGUCGACGAUUAACCAAUAUAUGAUUUGCUACGGAACUCUUAGCGAGACAUUUUAGUGUUGCUUAGCCUCACCCACACAAUUAGUCUCAGUCCCACACUUCUUGGCCUUCUUGGAUGACAUCUAGAUCGAGCACCAGUGAGGCAGUGACUUCGUAUCCAUGUCGCCUAGACGAGUCUAAGCAUAGGUGAGUUUUUAAACUACACUUUCCAACGGUAGUUGUUCAGCAAACUAGAGCAAUAACACUACAACAAAUUUGGCCUAUUAUGACAAUUUUUUUUUCCUAUUUUUGAGUGGUCAUAAUAGGGUAUGUAAUAUGACACAACGCGAUGUUGUCCUAUUAGUAUUAGGUGUGUCAACGUUGAGUUUUGUCAUUACAGUUUGUCAUAGUAGGUUGGUACUGUGACAAAUAUCUUAUGUCACAAAAAAUGUUGUCAAAAUAGGAGUCUCAAAUCGGGAUGUAAGAGACUCAAAAGUGACAAAGUUAAUCAUCAAAAUAGCGUUCGUCAUAUUAUACCAUCUUGUUGUCAUAAUAGAUAUUAUUAUUCCCACGACGAGCUGGCAAAAUGCAGGUUUGUCAUAAUAUAUUGAUUUUGCUUUUUAUUAUGUAAAAUUAGGUUGUCAUAAUAACUAUUAAUAUACUUUUCGUUUUAGCGGGUGAAAAUUAGAGUUUGGUGGGGGGCUUUUCUUUGGUGGACGACUUUUUCAGUGUUGGGAAAUUUCCUUCUCCUUCCCUUUUUGUUCCUUCAUCCUUCAAGAAACCCUAGCCGCCUUCUAUCCCUCAUUUCCCCCCUCCCCUUUUUGUUCUCUCUCUCGUUCUCUGGUGAACAAAAAGGAAGAAGGAAAUGAAACCUUCUUCUAUUCCAUCUCCUCUUCUGCUCGAUCCUUCUUCUUCCUUAUCUCAGCACUUAUCGCAGCGUUAAAUGGAGAUCGACGACGCAAACAGAGUCUGGGGUUGAGAAUAACGCGGCGCCUUUCCGAGCUACUACGAUGCCUUCUCCUUUGUCUCCUCACAACUUCAUUACCAAAGGGAACACCACCAACACGGCAUCAGCAGCCAUAAUAUCACCGCUGUUGAAGGAUCUACUCCUCACCCUCCCUAUUCGGUCCUUCCUUUGCGAGAGAGCUACUCCCGAUGGGCGCCGCCUCAAGCUCGGUCCCGUUUCCAUGAUCUACUUCCCUUAUAAGUUUCUGAUUCCUCUAUCUCACUCUUCACUGAGCUAGGUUUUCGGAACUUAUUUUCUCGUAGGAUCUGUUGGUAAGUUUGUUGCUCUCUGAGAAUGACUGAAAUUGCUGACUUCUGCAUCAACAACGACCGCUAUAUGUUUCUAAAUUUCGUUUGUUUGGUAUUUAUGGUUUGCAACUGAAAAAGUUGAAAAAUGACUACUCUUUGUCGCGGUGAGCAUGUGAAAUCGUGGGUUAAGUCUCGAGGAAUGAGUUCCUUUCUUCAAGUGGUUCUAUUCUCUCCUCAGGUAAAGCCACGGAGAUGAAUUUCAGUGUCAUCCAUUAGGGAAUUUGGUUGAAGGUCCUUUAGAUGAUUAUGUAUGUUAGAAUCUAGCUUAUUGAAUAUCAUAUAAGUUGCUAUUUCUCAAGGGAAUAAUUUGUCAUUCUGGAACUAGUUGUCGAAUUAAUUUAUGGGUCUUGUUUUGUUUAAGCACGCUGCUCGGUUACAUCCAAACAGAAAGCUAUUGGGGGGAGUGAGAGAAGAUAGUAGCGGCAGAAGAUGAAGGUUAGUUUCCUCUUAAACACAUACACUUUGCUGAUCAAGAUUCUCACUGUCUCUCUCUAUCACUUUUUGCGAUUCCCUGUUGUGUGGGUUAUUCGAAUCCUGAUUCUCCUUCCUUUUACUGGGGUCGUGGGUUUGGCUAUAAUUCACAACUCACUUCCUUUACACAAAUUGACCACCCUUUUAACCAAAACAAGGAAAAGGUUAUUAUGAUUCCUUCCUUGGAAAUAAUUCAUUUGUUUUCAGAGAUCUGCCUCACGUAUGAUCUGAGAAUUAUUGGGGUAGCUAGCAAGCUUUAAAUGAUUGGUUAAUUAUUGUGUUAACUGCAGAAGGUGAUGCUGAAAUUGAAUUUGAAUGACGACAAGGACAAACAAAAGGCACUCAUAACGGUGUCAACUUUAUCAGGUACGCAGUCCUAAUCUCUUACUAAAAUUGAACCAACCCAUUGUUGGAAGAAAAGCCAGUCAAAUGGCGAUAUGAAGACAAGAGAAAAAAAUGAUCAAAUCUGCAAGACUGGAAGAUCAUGCAGAGCAGGAGGAUCGGGAAGGUUUUUAAUUUGGAGAAGAAAGUUUCCACGAUUAUAAUCAAACAGACAUCUCAUUCAAGAGUCAAAAGAGGAAGCUUUUCGAAUUGAAUGAAUUCCCAAUACUUGG